GAAAACCCUAAAGCUUACGCCUUUCCCCUCUCCCCACCCCCAAAUUCCGGCCGGAGCCGCCACCGCGUCGACCGGGAGCCGCCUCCUCCGCCCCAGCCUCGCCGCGAUCUGGUCGCCGGCGCUCGCGACGCCUCCUGCCGUGCAACAUCGGGAAUGUGCCUGGUGUUUCGUUUUGUUCCAACAUCACAGAACUGACGUGACAAAGUUGUAGCAAUGGAAGCUGUUGCUCAGACUAUUGGAAAUGAAGCAGUGGAGGAGCUAGGGCGUCUACCUACAGUGGCUGAACCUGAUGACAGACCAACAGAGCUCGAAUGUGACCAUUUCUCCAUGAGGGGGUAUGUUGCUCUGCGUCAGAAGAAGGAUCCAAAACUGCGGUCUCUUCAGAUUUUCCGUAACCAGCAACAAUAUGAUGAACACCAUAACAACUCAUCCCCACUUUUGGUGGCAAAGUAUCAACGAUGGAAUUGCUCAAGUUGCUUGGAUAGAGUAAAAAAUUCAGGUCACAGAACUACAUCUGAAACUGUUUCUAUGCAGCAGGAUGGAGAUGGUUGCUCCAUUUCAAUUAUUCAAACUUUGCCAUAUAAUGUUGGUUCCAGAAGACUGUUUUCUGGCACACAACAAUCAUCUCAAGGGAAUGAUGCUGAUCAGUCAACUGUUUCAAAGAGUGUCCAAGAAUGCAAUUCGAAAUGCAGUUCUCCUUCUGACAACAAAGCAGUUACUGCAGAGAAUGUUCCAGCCACAUCCACUGAAAAAAGUGUUCCAGACACAUUCGUCGAAAAAAGUGUUCCAGCCACACAAGAUUUGCAGGGCUCCCCCAAUAAUCUUGAUGUACCGGAAAAUAUCUUGAAUGCUGUGUCCAUGGAUGUUACUGAUUUGCCUGAUGUUCCUCAGAUGAUAUCAAGCAAAGAAGGAAAUGGCACACAGAGUCAAUGCAGUCCAAAACCGUGUGAAGGGCCAAAUGAAGAUGAAAACAGAACAGUUCAAGAUGUUCCUGAUGUUGACUGCAACGAGUCCAGUGUUCAUAAAUCAAUAUCUGGUCACGAAGGCUCUAAACAAUUAUCUGGGCAAAAAAGCAACCAAGUUCGCAACCAGGGUCCACGAAGAGCAGCUCUAAAAAGAAAUGUUGGAUCCGAUGGUAAGAAGAAAAAGAACAAAUCCACUGGCUUGGCUGAUAUUUCAGAUCUCAAAUUUUCUCAAAGAAAGCCAAAAAAGACCAGGCUAAUAUCGGAACUCAUCGACAGUCAGAUUGGGGGUUGUGCAGAUGCCAUUGAAACUGACCAUGUAAAAACUGGUGAUAUCUGUGAGAGUCAUAAAAGCAAAAUGCCACUUGAGGUUGGAAAGGAUGAUGACACUCCUGUUAGCAAUCAGAAAGUGUGUGAAUUCCAAUCAAUGGCUGUCAAAAACAAGGCAAAACUCAGAGGAGCAGACAACGUUGAUGAUGGAUCUUCUCUAAUGAACUGGCUGAGAAAAACUCAUAAGAAAGUUAGAAAAGAGAAAAGGGGCUCAGGGCACAAGAAUUGUGAUUCUUCUGCUGUUUCAAACUCUAAUCCAGAUAUACCUGCUUCCAGUGACAUGCAGGAUGGUUCUCUACCAGUUGGUGACCUGGCACAGGAAAAGGUUCUAUCUACUACCAGUGCCAAUCAUGGGAAUGAAAACACACAGAAAAAUAGCCUGGAGCAAAAUAUGCAGAAGGCAGAUGACCUGUGCCAAAAUGAAUCAGAGAACUUGAAACAGAGGUUCUUGUCAAACGGAAAAUCAACGAUUUUGCUAAAGAGGAAAGUACUUUUACCUGCCACUUCCUGUGAUGAUAACACUGAGAACAGUUCUAUAAAGAGAAGCAUGCUCAGGACAGAUGAUUUGCGUCGAAUGGAGUCUGAAGGCACUGUGCAGAGAUGUCUGGCAAAGGUUUCUCUUGGUAAGCGUCAGAUCCCUGGGUCUGCUUUCCACAAGCAGAAUAUACCCAAGAAUAAGAAGAAACGAAGGCUGAAGGCGCAUGAGAAACAGAAUGUGAUAGAUGACAUCCCCAUGGACAUUGUUGAACUUCUUGCCAGAAAUCAGCAUGCGAGACAGCUGAUGACUGAUACUGAUUCUUUGGAAAACCGUCAUACUCAACCUAAGAUAGCUGAAGUUGAUUGUGCUGAAAUUUCCGCCAAGGACGGUCCCAUUGAUGCAUCAACAGUGCUUGACACUAAUUUCCAGAAGUCUUUGGCAUCAGAAAGUAAGAGGAAAUCUUUACAGGGUAGUGCAUCAUCCAGCACUGUGGCUGCCACUGUGCAUCUGCAGGAUUUACAUACACAGAAGUCAUCACAGGGUCAUGCAGCAUCCAGCACCGAGAUUCCCAACGGUCAUCGUCCGGAACCACAUAUGCAGAAUUCGUUACAGGUUCAUGCAUUACCCAUUACAGGGUCUUUCAAUGUGUACCCUCCAAAGCUACGCGUCCCAGACAUUUUAGAGUGUACGCAGGAACAACAGACUCAUUUCUGCAGGGAUGAAGAAGUCACCAUUGCGUGUACCUCACCAAUAUUUUCACAUCAUCAACAUAUUGCUGAAGUACCCACUCAGAGCUGGAGUAAUAAGAGGGAAAAGAAGUUAAUGUGGGAUUCUUUCAAGACAGCUUCAAGGAAUUCACCAACACCAACAUAUGGAUUUCAAUUCAGAAAUAGAGUUCGAGAAGUUGAUCCUACUCCAAUUCCUGUGUAUGGAGCUUCUAAUGACUAUGCAACUCACCAGCCAGUAACUGCGGCUGUAGACCAGUACACAAAGGAAGCAGUUAACCAGGUCCAUCCAAGAAGUGUUCCAAGCACAGCAUUAGCAAUGGAGGUUGGUAGGCUGUACGAUCAAAGUAUUGCUGGACAGUCAGGCCUUUACCCAAAGGAGCCCAUGGCUGCCACACAUCUUCUGGGACUGAUGGAUUCAUCAACUGCACGAGGCUUCACAGGCUAUCAAAGAGCUAGCAGGCGCCAGAUGGAACUCGAAACACAAAAUCUCGGUUCACAGUAUGCGCAGCAUAAUCACUACAAUGUAUCACCCAGCACAUCAUAUGGAAGUCACCUAACUGAAAAGGUUCCAUUGAGGCUGCAAGACUUGGCACGGCAUCAGGUUGAGAAAAAUUUUCACAGACCUUUGCGCCCUCAUCCUCGAGUUGGCGUGCUUGGUUCAUUGCUGCAGAAGGACAUUGCGAACUGGUCUGAGAACUGUGGGACACAGUCUGGGUACAGACUAGGUGUGUCUAAAGGGACAUCAUCAUUUGAUAUAAACGGAAAAGGAAAUUAUGAGACCUUGAACUCUGGAAUGUUCUCAGCAGGAUGGAAUGCCCUGCAAUUGGGUUCUGUUACCUCUGUUGCGAAUCCAGAACGUCCAUUGCCAAGGUAUGGUGUAACUCAACCUUGGACUGGUGGCACUGGGAAGUCGGUUCAUCCGCUGGAUAAGCUCGUCAAAAAGGAUAUCUGUCAGACUAACAGAAACCCAGCUGAUUUUACAGUAAUUAGUGACAAGAAUGAGUAUAUGAUAAACCUUUGAGGCUAGAGGGGUGUGGAUAGCUGAGGACAUUUAGUUUCAUACUUUGACCUUGUCAAUGUCAAGCGGAUUGUCAUUGGUAGAGGAAGGUUUUGCCGAAACUUUUGCAAGGUCUGGAUUCGCUGCUUACUGGAUGGAGAAGCAACAGACACCAUUGCCAGGUGAAUGUAUAGUAGGCGAAGAGCUGAUAUCAGGUCGCUGUGGGAAACCCCCCAAUAAACUUAUUUUGUUGUGUACAAGAGGAACAUUAAAGGUUGUGGCCAUAGAAUGUUUUUGCCUGUUUUGUAAGUACCAUAGUGGGGUUGUACACCGUUAAAUGUUGCUGUGGUUGUGCGAUGUUUAAGCUAGAUCAACUGGUUGUGUGAUCGUGUCUGUGGCUGUGAGUGUGAGUGUUGUAAAGCAUCAAAUUGCUGUGGUAAAGUCUUAAAAGAAGGGAAUGGCCGAACAUUGGAUAA